AUGAGUUUGGGUCUUCGUCACACCCGCGUCAACGACAUCCUGGCGACCUUUGGCGAGGAGGAGACCAUCACGUCGCGCCGCCCUUCGUCCUUGCCUGGCGGCUUAGACAGCCAAGGAGGAGCUGGUUUUGGCUACUUUCAGGACCGUUUGAAGGACCUUGAAUCGGCUAUGCAGCCUCAACUGCGGAAUCGAGCCAAGACAGAGGACCUCCGAAUAGAACUUGCCGAGCUGGCUCCAGACCGGAAACUCGACGGGUUGGUGAAAGAAGGUUACAUCACCGAGGAUUUCUCGCGAUUGGUUUACGAAAAGUUUCGGAACGAAGAGGAGCCCGUGUUUCUGGAAGACCUACAGCUGGAGAAAACCGGUGGGCUCAAUGCUGUGAGAGAGCUUGAUGCACUCCUGGCCCAGAAAUAUUUCUGGUUUGUCGUUCUCAUCGUGUCUGUGAUCUUCAAUGUUUGGUACCUCAUACAUUUGGACUGGCAAAUCUUCACGACUUACUUCAGAGAAGUUUUCCAUACGUGGGACCUACCCGGAAUUGCAGAUCGCCUCGCCAACGGCGGCGGCAGCGAAUCCAAGUCAGACAUUCAGGCAGAGCUUUUCGAUGACCCGAUGUUCAAGGGAAGUGUCUUCGGAAUGAUCUCUGACCACAAGACACGAUUGACAAUCGUGACUGCCGCUGUCAUGGUCGCAAUUUGGGAGGUUGGCUGGCUGAUGGUGCAAGUAGUCUGGGUUGUCUACGUGUUGUACAUGGUGUGCUGUGAGCAAUCGGAGUACAAGCGCUACAACGCGAUCGGUUACUUUUUCCAAACGCUUCUGCCACAGGCCAGCACAUUUUCUGCCGUCAAGCUAAUGGCCCGAGUACAUCCAUCUUUGAUACUCAAUGAGUAUCACGACUGGGUGACUUCGUUCAGCGAGCGAGGAUGGUGUGGACACAGAAGGAACACCAUCGGCUGGAUCAUGCGGGCAGUGAGCUUCAAAGUCGUGAACCCGGACAUCUCCUGGUGGUACCGGCUUUUCAGUAUCCUCGCAACCCUGAACCAGAUUAUGGGCGCUGUCUACAUCGAUCGCGUUUUGCAGGACCGCGUCUUCCUGUUCGUCUUCGGCGGCCGCGAUGCUACAUACGAAGACGACGAGCUCGCAUACAAGAAUGCCUAUAUGACGCGAAUGGUGCGAGAGAUCUGGGUCAAGUACUCGGACUCCGGGCACUAUUUCUCCGCCAUUGUCCUCCUUGCCACGUUUGACCACUACGACCUACAGUGGCUUAUGAUUGAAGAGACGGAGGACGAUGAUGACUACGUCCUUCAGAGGCUGGGCCUUGCCCCGCAGCGGACGGUCUCUGCGCCUGCUGAAGGCUUGACAUCACGCCCGAAGAAGGCUACGUCUGGAAUUGAUGACACAACAUGGUGGAACAAGUUCUGGACAAUGCUGGGAUGCCAUACCAUCAGCCGUGUGCAAUCCAGCCCAGAGCUGGAUACCGUCCAUGAGGACUUCUGCACUCUGUCGGCUGGGAUGCUUCGCUUCCAGCGCGGUGCAAGUACGAAGUAUGUGGUCCCCAUGCAGGAAUUCCAAGAGAUGAACUGGUGUUUCCGACGGUCCCACCUGAGCCUGGCAGCUCUUUGGACACUUUCUGUCGGCGACUGGAGUUUCGCAUUUGCAUCUGCGCCCCUGGCACCCGUUACUGUUGACAAGCCCUUGCGCAAUGGCCGUUCGGUGCCGACUCUCGGAUUGCAGGUUCCUGAAGAGGGGCCGCACACGACGAUUGCUUGGGCCACAAGUUUUGGUUAUAGGAUGCUAGACAUCGAAGGGAAUGAGUCCAGCGCAGGGCAGGCUAUUCGCGGCUCCAGUGUUUCUCGAUCUCGUUUGUUUCUCUCAGCACGACUCCCGGAAAACGGUUUUCAGGAAGCCCACCGCGGCAUGCGACAAAGUCUUCAGCUGCUGCGCGUGGAUUAUGUUGACCUCUACAUGAUGGUCUCACCUACAAAGCUUAUCGAGACCUGGGAUGCCAUGGUAGAGAUGCGAAAGAUGGGCUUGGCCAGGAGUUUAGGAGUCUGUGACUUCGAGCUGCUUCACCUGGAGACCUUGAAGUCACAUGGGAGGGAGCUGCCAGAGGUCUUGCAACUCAAGAUGAAUCCCUUCACCUGGCACCAACAUCGAGCUUUACUCGAUUGGUGUGAGCGACAUGGUGUUCUGAUCCAGGUGCUGUUGCGAUGGGCGAUCCAGAUGGACUUUCAGGCGCCGAAAGAUGAGGAUGAGGAUGUUGAGAGGAACGAGGACAGGCCCGAGAAGGCCCAGGAGCAGGCCACGCCGGAAGAUCGUCCUCGGCGACGAUCGAUGUCCGAGAAUCUGUCGCACAAGGCCUCGGCAGCCUCGAAGAUUACUCCCAUCAGCUUGAAGCUGCCCUCCUCGGAUGGGCUCGGCCCCGUUGCCAGCGAGCGAUCGGGACAGGAGGAAAGCGCUCUUUCAGAAACACCGCACACAAAUCGAAACAGCGUGAUGGACAACCAGGACUACAUGAGCGAAUCGUCGCAGCCACUGCUCUUCCCGGUUCAGGACCCAGCUGGCUCGGAUUUGGCGAGCCGGGAAUCUACUCACAGUUCGACAGGUAUGGCAGCAAUUGCCCGAGCAUUUCAAAGCAGGUGCAACGCAUUGGGGGAUAGCUGGAAUGGUUGGACAGAGGGAACCUUCCCGAAACGGGCUGGCUAUCUCGCGUGGGCAGACGGUUGGAGUGACAGUGGAAUCCCGAUGUCCAGGUCAGACAGUAAUGAACUCGUCGAUCUGGACCACCUCUUCACAAGCCAUGAGGUGCUACCGGGGCCCCAUGUCAAGGGUGAUGACAUGGUAUGA